AUGCCCCCGGACGAGGCUCUACCAAUAUGUAUAGCGUUCGCCCAUGACGACCGCGAUUAUCCCCGGAACUGGGGCAAACUGCGAAAAUGGUACAUUACCUUCUUCGUCAGUAUGCUCAACGUCCUCACCUGCUGGUGCGCUGGGGGCAUCUCGUCAGGAGCCACUGGCAUCGCCGAGGAGUUCCAUGUCUCCUCUGAAGUCACCACUCUCUGUCUCUCGCUGUACGUGCUGGGCUUCGCCAUCGGUCCCGUCCUGCUGGCUUCGCUAUCCGUGUACUUUGGUCGACAACCCGUCUACGUCGUCUCAUGGUUCCUCCUCUUCAUCUUCCAGCUGCCCCUCGCCCUCGCCCCCAACAUCGGCACCAUCAUCGUCUGCCGCUUCAUCGCUGGCUGUGCAGGCGGUGCGCCUCUGACCAACACCGGCGGCUCCAUCAGCGAUCUCUGGGAGCGCAAUAGCAGCGGCGGCCCGAUGGCCGUCUACGGCCUCAGCAGUACCUUUGGGCCCCCGACCGCCCUGGUCAUGAGCGGGUACAUCGGCCUCAAUGCAGGCUGGCGGUGGAUCUUCUGGGUGCUGAUGGCCAUCACCGGCGGCUUCUGGGUGCUGCUCGUCUUCACCAUCCCCGAGACCCGGCACAGCAUCAUCCUGCAGCGCAAGGCCGCGCGCGUCCGCAAGCAGAUGGCGCAGGAGAAGCUGGCGUCGGCGGCGACAACGAGAGACCUGCACGCCCACGCCCGCAAGGGCCUGCAUACUCUCUUCGCCAUCACCCUCACCCGGCCCUUCAGGUUCCUUUUCACCGAGCCCAUCACGCUGUGCUCCGCCGUCUACAACGGCUUCCUGUAUGGACUGGUCUACCUCUUCAACGAGGCCUUCCCGCUGGUCUUCGGCCCCGGCACCGGCCACGGCUUCAACGGCGGCCAGCAGGGCCUUACCUUUCUCGGCAUGGCCAUCGGGCCCAUCAUCGCAUUCUGCCUGUACCCACUACAGGAACGGUACUACCUGCACCGCGUAGCCGCCAACGGAGGCAAGGGCGAGCCCGAGGCGCGGAUGUGGAUGGCGCGGUGGGGCGCGCUCCUGAUCCCCAUCAGUCUAUUCUGCUACCGCUCCGUGCACUGGAUCGUGCCUAUAAUUGCGUCCUCGUUCCUCGGCGCGGGCAUCUACAUCGUCAUCCUGAGUAUUCUCAACUACGUGGUGGAUAGCUACCAGACGUACUCGGCCUCGGCGCUGGCGGGGGUCAUCCUCGUGCGGAACGUCGUCGGCGCCGGAUUCCCCCUGUUCGCGAGCCAGAUGUAUCAGCGGCUGGGCUACGAGUGGGCGUCGAGUUUGCUGGGCUUCCUGGCGAUCCUACUCGUGCCGAUCCCGUUUGUGUUUUUCUACAUGGGCCGGGCGAUCCGGCUGCGGAGUCCGUGGGCUCGCGAGCAUUUUGACUCGAACGAGGACAGUCCUCAUUGA